AUGCAAUACGACAAGAACACAUGGGCCCCGGAUGAACCAAUAGAUGAACCGAAGGAUCCUAUGUCCGGUAUGGAUGUGCAAUGGGGUUUUCUGUACCCACCUGAUGGAUCCCAGACCACAGAAACGAGAGUACCCAUUCUUGACGAGCUCAGAGAUCGACUCAACGAAAAAUACAAUCGAGAGUUUGAGAGGCUUUAUGAUAGCUGGGAGGUAAUACUGGAUGACGGAAGGACUAGAGCAACCGUAGAAUUUAACCUUGCAAGCAUCGUGCCUUUUAUCUCCGAUGCUGGAAUGGACGUCAACACUCUGAAUGUGAAUUUCAAGUCCCAGUUGGGGAUCGAUAUCACUCUUCCGAUUCUUUUCCAGUCAUUCUAUAUCGACUAUGAUGUGGACCUACGCACUGUCAAGGGCGCCAUCUUCGACUACAACCCUCUGAUGCGUGACACAAAAGGAGAUAGGCAUUACAUCUGUGGGACUUCCGACAUUGAUGAUUCCGAGAUCUAUGAUAUGCGAUUGAAGACAUCUAGAGCGUUUGCAGAUUGUGCGAACUUGACUGCGCCGACAUCGUUCACGUCGGCCUUACACCCAGCAGAAGUGACCGAACAGUUGCAUCUGCUGCAAGAGCCUACUGUCGACGAACUUCUCAACCCGUAUGGCUAUGAUGAGGUUGCAGUAAGUUAA